AUGGCAUCGCCAGCAAGACUCCUCGGCCCGCUCGCGACGAAAUCACCAAAUGAUAUUGUGCUGCUUUCUGCGGUGCGCAGUCCCAUUACACGGUCCUUCAAGGGCGGUUUCAAGGAUGCUUGGCCCGAAGAUAUCCUCAUGCCGGUCAUGAGAGCGGCGGCGACGCGUGCUGGCAUCGAACCAGGCGACGUGCAGGAUGUCCUCAUCGGCAACGUACUGGCAGAGCUUGGAUUCGCAAAGACGGGCCGGAUGGCGUUGAACCACGCAGGGUUUCCAGUCACCACCACGUUUCACACCGUCAACAGACAGUGCUCGAGCAGUUUGCAGGCUAUCACACAUAUUUCGCACGCUAUCCUCGCCGGACAGAUCGACGUUGGACUUGCAGGAGGCGUUGAAAGCAUGACGCGAAACUAUGGGAGUAGAGGCGUCCCCGUUGACGUGUCCCCCACCCUCAGGGGCUCAGAUGUCAAAAGUGCAAGAGACUGUCUUCUACCCAUGGGGAUUACGUCGGAGAAUGUGGCCCGCAGAUACGACAUCUCCCGAAAAGAUCAGGACGCGUUCGCCCUCUUGAGUCAUACGCGGGCUCUAGAAGCUCAACAGUCGGGCAAAUUCUCCUCAGAAAUUGUCCCCGUCGAGUGGACAAAAAGGGACGAUACCACAGGGGCACAAACGAUAUUACGUGUUGAACAGGACGACACUAUCAGACCCGGUGUCACUUUGGAGAAACUUGCAAAGCUCAAACCCGCAUUCGCCGAUGAUGGCAGAAGCACUGCAGGGAACUCGUCACAAAUAUCCGACGGCGCCUCAUCCAGUAUUCUUGCACGGCGAUCGUGGGCAGAACACCGCGGUAUCAAACCUAUUGGGCGCUUCCUCGGCACGACAGUGGCAGGCUGCGAACCCGACGAAAUGGGUGUUGGUCCCAUCUACGCGAUCCCUGCUCUGUAUAAGUUCACCGGAAUCUCCCAGAAAGACGUUGACAUCUUCGAGAUCAACGAGGCAUUUGCCAGCCAGACGAUUGCCUGUCUUCGGGUGCUGGGCGUCGAUGCCGAAAAGGUAAAUCCGAGAGGUGGCGCGAUCGCGUUGGGUCAUCCGACUGGAGCCACUGGAACGCGGCAGACAGCGACGCUAUUUGCCCAGCUGGAACAAGAGGACAAGGAGCUUGGGGUCGUGAGCAUGUGUGCCAGUACUGGUCAUGGCGUUGCGGCGCUGUUUCAGCGGGAGUAG